AGAAAUCGUAGAGCACCGUCCAGUAGCGAGAGGCAAUCCGACAUCCGAUCACAGCAGUCCGCACGUACGUGAGGCACGAGUACCUUUGUCCAGUCGAGAAUCUCAGAAGGGCAUUCCGGUAAUUUUUCGCUCUCGCCUCCUUCCUCCCUCUCCUCUCCUUUUUCUCAUUACCCGCGAAACGAUAAUCGUCAACACCACAGAUUACCUUCUCCAUUCUCCAUCAACGGCAAAAAUCCAGAAACACCAAUUCCCGUUCUCCGAAAAUACCAUGGAAUAUAACCCCCUCUUUCUCCAAAACCCUCACAAAAAACCCCUUCCUUUCUGAAAAUAUACAUACCUCUCCCCCUCCCCCCUAAAAAAUAAAAUAAAAUCAUGGAUUGCUUUACCCUUACCUCCUCCCGAUUUGCUCCUCUCUUUCCUAUAAAUCCCUUCCAAAUCCCCACCCGGAAACGCCAUCUUCACCCUCCAUUUUCAAUCUCCUGCAUUUCAGACCAAUCCGAACCGUCCGAUCGCAGAAAACCGGAACGAAACCCCUCCAAACUGCUCGAACUCUCUGUAACCCUAACCAUAAUCUCUUCUUCCCUCCCUCUCUCUCCCGCCAUUGCCGCUGCCACGAGAACAACUGAAAAGAAACGAAAAUCUCCGAAAACCGAAGCUCUGUCGCCCGAAGAGCUUAAAUCAUGGUCCCGCGAUCUUCCGACCGUCGCCGAUCGGAUUCCGUACACUGAAAUCCUCAAUUUGAAACGAGAAGGUAAGCUCAAGCACAUCAUCAAGCUUCCAUCUUUGAAUCUGAAGCAACGACCGGAUGCGAUUCUAGUAGUUCUAGAUGAUUCUAGGGUUUUGAGAACUGUCCUUCCGUCAGUUGAGAGGGAUGCGAAGUUCUGGGAUGCGUGGGAUCAGUUGGAUUUAAAUUCUGCUUGCGUUAGCGCAUAUACUCCACCAAUUAAGAAACCAGAGGUCCCGUCGCCGUAUUUGGGGUUUUUGUCAAAGUUUCCAUUGUUUCUGCUGUCAUUCGUGAAGACGAAGCCACAGUCAAAGCGGGCAUUGGAGUUCAAGAUGGCCCGAAAGGAGCUGCAGCGGACACGUAAGGCUGAGCUGGCGAGAGUACGGGAGGAGAGGGAGAUGAUGGAGAAGGCUAUCAAGGCCCAGAAGAAGGUGGAGGAUAGGAAGAGGAAUAGGGAGCUGAAGAAGGCCCAGUACGAGCAGUCGCUGCGUCAGGCGCGGAAGAAUUAUCAGUACAUGGCACUGGUGUGGGCCAACCUGGCCCGCGAUCAGAAUGUGGCGACUGCACUCGGGUUUGUUUUCUUUUUCAUUUUUUAUCGGACAGUUGUGUUUAAUUACAGGAGGAACCAGAAGGACUAUGAAGAUCGGAGGAAGAUUGAGAAAGCGGAGGCUGAGGAGAAGAGGAAGAUGAGGGAGUUGGAGAAGGAGAUGGCUGGGAUAGAGGAUGAGGGAGACGAGACUGAGGCGAAUGAGAAGGACCCAUACCGUCAGAUUAUGAAAUUCAUGCAAUCAGGGGCCCGUGUCCGGCGGGCCCGCAGCAAACGGUUGCCUCAGUACUUGGAGAGAGGUGUAGAUGUGAAGUUCACGGAUGUUGCAGGGCUCGGGAAGAUACGGCUUGAACUUGAAGAAGUCGUGAAGUUCUUCACACAUGGAGAUAUGUACCGUCGCCGUGGAGUGAAAAUACCAGGUGGCAUACUUCUUUGUGGACCCCCUGGAGUAGGCAAGACACUGUUAGCGAAAGCUGUAGCCGGCGAGGCAGGUGUGAACUUCUUUUCGAUCUCUGCUUCCCAGUUUGUGGAAAUAUAUGUUGGUGUUGGUGCUUCCCGUGUGCGAGCACUUUACCAAGAAGCAAAAGAGAAUGCACCAUCUGUUGUCUUCAUUGAUGAGCUGGAUGCUGUUGGGAGAGAGCGUGGUCUGAUCAAGGGUUCUGGUGGACAAGAACGUGAUGCUACACUCAAUCAGCUUCUUGUAUGCUUGGAUGGGUUUGAAGGAAGAGGCAAUGUGAUCACAAUUGCUGCCACAAAUAGACCAGAUAUUCUUGAUCCAGCACUCGUGAGACCUGGACGAUUCGAUCGAAAAAUCUAUAUUCCUAAACCUGGCCUCAUAGGUCGAAUUGAGAUUCUGAAGGUCCAUGCCCGAAAGAAGCCAAUGGUUGAUGAUGUAGACUAUAUGGCUGUUGCGAGUAUGACUGAGGGAAUGGUCGGUGCUGAGCUAGCCAACAUAAUCGAGAUUGCUGCCAUCAAUAUGAUGCGCGACAGUAGGUCCGAGAUUACAACUGAUGACUUGCUACAAGCUGCACAAAUAGAAGAAAGAGGAAUGCUUGAUAAGAAGGACAGAAGCUUGGAGAUGUGGAAGCAGCUAGCUCUCAAUGAAGCAGCCAUGGCGGUUGUAGCUGUGAAUUUUCCUGAUCUAAAGAACAUUGAGUUUGUCACAAUAUCACCUAGGGCUGGCAGAGAACUAGGCUACGUGCGAGUGAAGAUGGAUCACAUGAAAUUUAAAGAAGGGAUGCUUAGUCGACAAUCUCUCCUGGAUCAUAUCACAGUUCAAUUAGCGCCACGUGCAGCAGAUGAAAUUUGGUAUGGUGAGGAUAAGUUGAGCACCAUCUGGGCAGAAACAGCAGAUAAUGCCAGGUCAGCUGCACGAAGCUACGUUCUGGGUGGCCUUUCUGAGAAACAUUAUGGGUUAUCCGAUUUUUGGGUCGCAGAUCGGCUUAAUGAAAUCGACUUGGAGGCAUUGCGCAUUCUGAAUAUAUGUUAUGAACGCACAAAACAGAUCCUACAGCGCAAUCGAAGUCUCAUGGAUGCUGUGGUUGAUGAACUCAUCCGGAAGAAGAGUCUUACCAAGCAGGAGUUCUUUCGGUUGGUCAAGGAGAAUGGCCACCUUGAACCUUUGCCACCUAAUAUCAUUGACAUCAGGAUUGCCAAACGCACACAAUUCCAAGAAAUGAUGAUGUCCAAGAAGGAAGCUGUUACUUCGAGCAGUACAUGAGAUGCCAAGAGAACAUUUUGUUGGCUGUGCUUGCCACCUCAUGGUCAGGGUAUGACAAUCUCAGGUAAUGGUCGGAUUCAUGUCUGGCAUUCUGUGCAAUAGGGCCUUGUCCAAUUGCUAAAAUUAAUGCGGUAGCUCUUUCCCACUAACCUUCUUUUUUCUUUUUCUUUUUUCCAUUACUUGUUUUUUGGGUUUGUCCAUGCUGUGAAAGUCUUAUGGAGCAUUUGAAUCAUCACCAUUUUUUCUCUCAAGGUCAUCCAUUCACGUUUGCAUUAUCAACUCCUGACCUCUUUUGCAGCGGUGCAACCCAGAGUCCCAACAAGCUUUGCAUGAGAUAUCUUUAGUUGUCUGUGGUGGCUCUCUUAAUUCAGCAAAGUAGGCAUGACUGGCUGAUUUUUGAAGACUUGUAAAUUGCCUUCCUUUGGAAUUUUCAAUUAUUUUCAUUGCAUUCAAAAAGAAAAAAGACUGAGAAAUUUUUGUCAAGGUAUUGACAAGUCCCAAAACCUAAACUGAUACGCUCUCUAACCUGUGAUACUUCAAUCCUAGCUUAGCUUUGAAAAACUUCAAAUCCUUUUUUGGAUAUGUAGGGCGGUUUUCUUUCCCAUGAAGGUUGUACCGGAUUCAAUAUUUCUACUGGGAUGUGAAUCAGAAUGGGCGUAUGCUCCUGUUUUCACGUA